AUGAAUUACUCUUUGGAUUUUCAUGGUACCAACUUGAAGUUUCUUAAGCUUUUGCCUGAUGGAAACUUUUCACUUGGAGCUUUAGGCAAUUUGAGCCACGAUCACUUGCUGUAUAAAGGCGCGGAACUCGAAAAGAUAUUAUUACUGACAAUUAAAGAGCCCACUACCAUUGCCCUUACAGUGAUGUACCUGGUGUCCUUUGUAGUCGGGUUCAUUGGCAACAUCAUGUCCAUUAAAGUGCUCAUUAACAAAAGAAGCAAAAGGAUGUCAGGCGUUAGCACAACCAGAGCCUUACUGAUAAAUUUAGCCAUAUGUGACUUGAUGGUUGUGUGCAUUUGUAUGCCCAUUACUUUGGGCCACAACAUUUAUACGGCUUGGGUGUAUGGAGACUUUCUCUGCAGAGCGGUGCCUUUCACUCAAGCAGUUUCAGUUGCUGCUAGUGUCCUUAGUUUGACUGUCAUAAGUGUUAACAGGUACUAUAGUGUCCACAACCCCUUAAAUGCUAGAUCUUUUUUUACAUGGAGGAAGAUCUUCUGGACAAUUGUCAUCGUGUGGGUCUUGUCUUCUGGUAUAUGCAUGCCUCUGAUAUUUAUGAACAAAAGAGACGAGAUACGCCUCAUAGAAGACCUACCGUUCGUUUUUCCUAUUUGUAGAGAAAUCUGGCCUCAGGUGAAAUUGAAGCAAGCUUAUAACUUCCUGUUGUUUUGCGCCCUGUACUGUCUCCCAGUCACGUUCAACUUAAUAAUCAGCUUCUUAACCUGGCGUAAACUUUGGAGCACCCCCACACAUUUUAAGAAAUUUGACUCCAGAAAUCAAUCUCUGCCACCGUCCAGGCUAAACAACCGGAAGAACAUUGCCAAAAUGGUGGUGGCCUUGGUUCUCCUGUUUGCCCUUUCUUGGCUCCCUCUUUAUAUGGUGGACAUUUGGAUAGAUUUUAACACCCCGGACUCCAACAGAGAAGAAACUUCUCCAUGGAUCUUGCAGUUAAGGCCUUUUGCACAGUGGCUUGGUCUCACCAACUCUAGCCUUAACCCGAUUUGCUAUUGUUUUGUUGGAGACCUGUACAGAUCAGCCAAGAAAAUGAAAAGCAGGUACCAGGGUAGAAUUGUUUCCUUCUUUAGCUUCUCUUUAUCUGAAGAAUCCCCAGCUUCCACCAUCCCCAAGCUGCUGUCCUAUAAAAGACCUGCCCGUGUCGCACGCAAAGACUCCACCUGUAACACCUCAGUUGAUGUCCAUAUCUCACAGACAACCAUUUGUGAGACAGCACCAAACUCCUGCCAUCCAGUGACUCUUCAUACCUUCUCGGCCUUCGAUCGGGGUGAGGUGGAAAUCACGGAGGAGUGGAUCUGCUUGAAGGCUGUACCAUCACCGCAGGUGGACCAGGACAUCUGCCUCAUCUGUUUGAAAAGUGAAGAAUGGUGCUUUGCCAUUGGCGAGCACUGGAUCCACGGAGCAGGUGGAGCAGAGCCAGUCAUGUCAGCUCCAACCUCAGAGCCCUGUGAACGUGCCAUGCCUUCCCUGGAGGGACUGUCCACUCGGGGGGAGGAGGGAGCAGAUCUGCCCCAGCUAAUCCUUGGCCUCUCUAUGUCUGACACAACUAUCCACUGGGGCAUAACAGCCUGUUCCUCUCAGCAGCCCGUUUAUCUCAGCACCAGCAGCCCAUUUAUCUCAGCACUAGCCCGCUACUUAUUCCUGCGUCCAGGCCAUGCGCCCAGAGCACCAGCCACCAAUCCCAAGCAUGCGCAGUUUCCCGCUCUCGAUCCCUUGAUUAUUGCAACAUCUUAUCUUCUGAUUUGUGACAACAAUGCUGCAAGUGGGUCCCGCUCGUGCAGCAAGCCGAGCCUCCGACUGGUGGCUACUCUGACGUCCGUGAACACCUACUGCCAUUGA